GCCGUCCGACUGCUUCUCGGGAGACAGGAGUGGAAGGCCGGCGAGUUGGCCAUAAUGGCAGGUGAAGAAAUUAAUGAAGACUAUCCAGUAGAAAUUCAUGAGUAUUUAUCAACAUUUGAGAAUUCCAUUGGUGCUGUGGAUGAGAUGCUGAAGACUAUGAUGUCUGUUUCUAGAAAUGAGUUGUUGCAGAAGUUGGACCCACUUGAACAAGCGAAAGUGGAUUUAGUUUCUGCUUACACAUUAAAUUCAAUGUUUUGGGUUUAUUUGGCAACUCAGGGAGUUAAUCCUAAGGAACAUCCAGUAAAGCAGGAAUUGGAAAGAAUCAGAGUGUACAUGAACAGAGUCAAGGAAAUAACAGACAAGAAAAAGGCUGGCAAGCUGGACAGAGGUGCAGCUUCAAGAUUUGUAAAAAAUGCCCUCUGGGAACCAAAACCUAAAAAUGCAUCCAAAGUUGCCAAUAAAGGAAAAAGUAAAAAUUAACCUUUUGGUUUUGAUGUAUGUAUAUUCAAAAAGUACAUCAUUUUUAUUGUUUAUCACAAAAUGAUGAUUCUGUGGCAAUGCAGGGUUUAAAUGUAUUCCGUAUUGAAUUCGUAUAUAAAGUUUACAUUUUAAAUUCUAAUGCUAAAUACUUUUUUUCUCCAGAAAGAUUGUUAUCUUUAUUGAUUAUCCUGUGAUUACUGUGAGGUUUUUAACAUUGUGGUGUAUUUUAUAUUUAUAGUUUACCAUCUCUCUUCACAAGACUCUUAUUUCCUUGUAUAGGUCAGUCUUUCAAGUACCAUUUUAUAAGCAACUAUGAAAUUUAAGUUAAAUGUUCUUUGUAAACAUUUGUCUAUCUUGAAUAAAUGACUUUAUGAAGUAUGCUAUCUGAAAGCUGAAAUUAUAAAUACAUCGGUUUUCACUAUAUAAUAUUAAGAAAGAAUGAAAUGACUUAAAUGUCCAUUUUUUUCUGUGCAGUUCAUCAUGUUUUCAUGAUUUUGGGAAUUAUUGCUUUUUUUGAUAUUUGAAGUGUGAAAUUAAAACUUUCAGGUUAUACUUUAAUUCUUGGCACUUUUCUUCUAUGUCCCAUUUAAAGUAAAAUAUAUUCUCAAUUAACUUUAGAUGGGAAAUGGGGUUGUGUAUUGAUGGGAGGUUGUAUAUUCAUGGCUGAAUUUCAGCAUAAUGGCUAUACCCUAUCAAUAAAGGCUAUAAAUGUUGUGUAGCUUACCUGUUUAUUUUUCUCUUUUGAGUAAAUUUGCCCUUGAAAUUAAGAAGAUAGGUUUUAGAAAUCACAAGGAAUAGAGAAAUUCUUGAUUUUCUGUUCCUGAUGCAUAGUGCCCACAGUUCUCUUGGUCUCACUUUUUCAUAUUUUUUGAUACAUGUUUUUGUGACUAUAGCAAGUAUAUACAAGUGUUUUGGAACAACUUUCUAUGUUAUAUAAUGUCCCUUAAGCAGAGGAGAAAUCCAAAGGAGAUUACAUUGUAUUUAUAUUCUGAUUUAUUUUUCUGGAAUAAAAUUACAGAGAAUUCUACAUAUUAAAAAAAAUUUUUUUUUUAUGUCUAAGCCCAUGAAUUUUAAUUAUAUGCCCUUAAUGCUUUCAGUCUUUGAAUCUACAUCAUUAUGUGUAGGAAUGCCAAGUACAGUUAAAGUACUUUAAUUUUUGAAAAAGAAGUUGUUAAAAUUUUCUGUGUGAUUAAUUCUCUAUAAGUAACCUUGAAUAAAUGGAUUUCUUGAUUUAUGGUAGCAGA